AGACCAAUACAUGAUCGAGCAGACUAUGGCUACCAAUCCUGCCUUUCACAUCAUUGGCCAUGGCCACACGGGAAUGACGGUCCGCUCCAUGGCCAAAAGCUUGCGCUUCUGGAAGGAUAUCCUCGGCUUCCAGAUCAUCUGGCAGCAAGAUGUUCCCGGGAGCACCACUCCCAGCGACCCAGUUCAUACGAUGACGGGAGCCCCGCUCGGCACAAGUAUGCGUGUUGUCUGGAUCCAACUGAAAGGCAGCGACCCUGGCCGCGUAUCCACUCUGGAGCUCAUAGAGUACGAACUACCGCCCGAUGUUGCUGAAGAACAGAAGAGUCGUACGCCGCACGCUAGGAGCUGGGAUAUAGGAUCUCUCCAUAUCAAUCUCAUGAUUCAGGGUUUGGAUCAGAUCGUGGAAAGUGUAAAGAGCGAAGGAUUUCAGAUUUAUAGUGGUAUCUUUACAGUUCCUCAGGAAGCACCAGAGGGAGGAGGCCAAAGAGUCUGCUAUCUUAGAGGACCGGAUGGGGAGCUCGUCGAACUGACUGAGAUUCUCA